AAAAUGUUUUUGUGAAUCAUCCAAUGAGGAAUACAAAUACUACCCCGUGCACUAUAAAUAUCCUUUAGCCUUUCCUCUUUCAUCUUGUUUCUUCUCCGUUUUUCUCUAACCUUCCACUCACAUAAUUCCUCUCUCUCCCUCUCUCUUGCUACACUCCCGCCAAAACCCCUCUCUGUGAUCACCAAGGAUUCAAGGUUGAGCCUUGAAUUCUUGAACCUUGUUGUUGUUGACUAUCUUUCUCACUCACAAGCCUUGGUGUGUCAGUGAGUGGAGUGAAAUUUCACUUGAAGAGCGCAUCCAAGGUUGGCCUUAUUCCUCUUUCUCUCUCUAUUGGAAUAUAUCUCUAGAGACGAAAAGCAAAAGUUGUUAUUGUUACCCAUAAACAUCUUGGUUUCUUUCUGCUUCAUCUACUUGUCCACUUUUCCCCCAUACCCUCUAAAUUCCUCUCUCACUCUUUAAACCCCACCCUUCAUGCACUCCAACACCAACACACAACAACAAUAACAACCAUCCCUCUCCCCUCUCUCACUCAAACAAAAACAUCCUUAAGCCCUCCAAAAACUCUCUCUCUCUCUCUAAACCCUUUUAAGCAUGUCCGUACACUCAAAACUGAAGCACCACCCCAUGAACCUUGCAACCCCAAGUUCCCAUUUUGACAACGACCCACCAUGCAAAACCAAGACCAAAACCCAAAGGAGGCUCCUUCGGAUCAUAGUCACCGACCAUGACGCCACCGAUUCAGACUCCGACGAAGAAGAAGAAGAACAACAACAAACAACAAGAGUGAAGAGAGAAAUCACCCAAAUCAACAUGCAACUUCCUCUCUCAUACAAUAGUUCCUUUCCCUCUUCAUCUUCUUAUUACUCUUCGGCUUCAGCUUGCACUUCAUCGGAACAAAACCUAAAGUGUAAGAGACCAAACAAAAAGCCGCCACCGUUCUCCGCCGUGGUCCGCCGCCGCAACAACAAGUUUCGCGGCGUCCGGCAGCGGCCUUGGGGGCGGUGGGCAGCCGAGAUCCGCGACCCCACCCGCCGGAAACGCCUCUGGCUCGGAACCUUCGACACGGCGGAGGAAGCCGCUACGGAGUACGACAGAGCCGCCGUGAAACUCAAGGGCCCGAACGCCGUCACCAACUUUCCUCUCACGCCGGAGGCCGCGGCGGAGGCUCCGGUGGUCUCCGUCGACAACCUCAGCUCUGACGGCGGCGCGUCGUACUCCGACUUAGUGGCCUCUCCCACGUCCGUUUUAGCCUACGAGUGCGACUCGACGCCGUUCGACGGUUUCCGUUACCUCGACGUGGAGGCGUUCGAGUUCCACAUCGAUGCGCCGUUAAGUUUGCCGGACGUUAACGUUGCGCUGACGUGUCAUCACGGGAAGAAGGAGGAGGAGGUGGCGUUCGAUGAAUUCGAUAUCGACGAAUUCAUGACUUGGCCUUACUAGUAAUAAAAAUCUCAGGAACAGUUUCGUAAUUGUAGAAGUGUGAGAUGGAAAUCCCGAAAUUGCCCCCCCUCUCGUUGUCGAAGUUUGAAAUUUUGUCGCACUCGUUGGAGCUUUGGAAGAGUGUAAAAGAGUUGUAGUGGUAAAAAAUUGAUGUAGUCGCAUUUUACUACCACCUGAAACGGCGAUUCUUUGUGUCGUAUUUGGCAGAAUUUAAUUUGUAAUCAUUAUCAUGAAAAGAAAAAAAAAUAUAUUGAAAAUUUUUGGAGUGUCAAUAGUCAAAACUAAGUGAGUGAGAAAAAGAGAAAGGAAAGAUGGGGUUAUGUGAGAAAGAAGGACUAUAUUGUAAUUUCGGUAUAUAAAUUUUGAUAAUCAUAUGAAGAGAUUUUGGUGCUGUCUAUUUAUAGAUUAUGGGUUAACUUAGAGGGGACACGUUGUGAUUAAGUUGGCUGCUGAAUCCCAACCAUCAGUGUAGGUUCAUACAUGAAUCAUUCGGUUUUCAUUAUUAGAUUUUUUUCUUUUUAA